AUGGACGAGAUCAAGUUUCCCAAGAACUUUGUCCUAUCUCGGGACAAUAUUCAUGCAAUCUAUGACGCCUUUUCAGCUGGUCGUUCGGUAUCGGAAGCUGCUAUGGAAGUGGUUCAAGCGACUUCCUCCAAGAAGGUUAGCCGAUCUCCAGCCAGAGUGCCCUCUCAAGUUGCAAAGCCGAGCUCUCGCAGCUCCAAGUCAUCCAGGCCAUCUGGCCGUGGCGGACCGAGCUCAACUUUGGAGUCUGCUGAAGGGUCUAGGUCUGCUCCAGCCUCCUCAGAGGCCGUGAGAGAGGCUUCCUUGGUUAUUACGGAGCAGACUUCUGCUGUCGAGCAGGUGGAGCAGGGUACUGCCCACUCUCCUGAGAAGGUAUCUGGGGGUAAAGACAAGGAGGCCUCCGGGACGGGGUUGGAGAUUGUCCUUAUAGAGGACCGAACUCCAGAGGAUCUUACCCAAGAUGCCCCUGCCCCUGUGAGGACUGAACCUGGGGGUUCUGAGGGCAUUUCAGCAAAGACCGGGGAAAAGCGCCCAGCUUCUCAUAGAACGUCUGUCCCAUCUCCAGCUAGGAAGAAAUCCAGGGCUACUACAGGGUCUGCCCCGGCUCUUCUUUCCAUUGGGAAAGGAAAAAAUGCUGCUGCCGAGCUUCCGUUACCUUCCUCUGGCAACGCUUUGAAAGCGUCGGACAUUACCUCUGAGUCUCCAGCCAGUGCUGUUGCUGACCUUCUCAGAGUGCAGAUGUUCGGCGGGGUUACACAAGCUUCGGAUCCCCGUCUUCUCGCCCUGACUGGUCUCUUAGCCAGUUCUACUGAGGAACAGGUGUCUUUCCGAUCUCGGUCUCGCGAAGAGCUCGGGAACACAAUCAGGGAGAUGUUACUGAUGAUGACGGGUCUUGUCACGGAGGUGGAUAUCCGUGAUCGUUCCUUCCGGGAGUCUGUAGUCCGCCGGAUUGAGGAGGCGCGUCAGGAGGAGAACAUAUCUGCAACUAAUGAUGCAAGAGGGAAUCUGGCUGCUGCUCGAGAACAAAUCCAGACCCUCCAGGCGGAGUUGAACUCUGCAUUGGAGGCCCUUAAAAAGGCUGAGGAGGAAAUAGCUGGUACAGCGAAGCAUACCUUGUCUUUAGAAAAUGAGCUGUCUCGGACUUGCAAAGUUCUCCAAGAGUCGGAUGAGAGGGCAACUGCCUUGGAGGCUCGCUGCAAAGGAGUUUCGGAGCAAUUGUCCUCUAUGGCGAAUGCCCUUCAGGAGAGGAAUGAGGCUUUGGGCCAAAAAGCGGAGGUCCAGCGCCUGUAUGAUGCCUUAAAGGCAGAUUUUGAUGGACUUCAAGCUCAUAUGAAGGAGGAGAAAACUCAGAAAGAGGCAGCCCUAGCUCGGGUGCAGGUCCUCGAGCAGGAGUUGAGUGCAAGUUCUGACCGUAUCAGAGAUCUGGCUUCUUCGGCUGAAGAAUUCAAACUUCGUCAUGAUCAACUUAACCAGGAAGUCAGGGCUUUGGAAUGCAAAGCUCAGCUGGUACGUGAGCAAUGCAUAGCGGAGUAUCAGGAGUCUGAUGAGCUGAAGGAGAAGAUCAUUCAGGCCGGUGAGUUGGCUGUUCAGAGCUACAAGGACUCUUCUGAGUUUAAGGAGUUUGUAGCUGAGGCCUGUGAAGCGCAUCUUGAUAAAUAUUUAGCUUCUGCUGAAAUGAAGAGGGCUAUUGUUAAUAAAGCCCUUCAUUUUUACUCAUCCGGCUAUAAUCGUGGUUUAAGAGAAGCUAGGCAGGCUCCUGAUAUCCCGUUGUCAGAGCUUCGCAAGCGGGAGGUAGAUUCAGAUGGCGAGCCGGUAAUGUAUGGAGAGGAUGAUUUCCCUAUGCCCCGGGGAGAUUGCCGUGUUGGUGGCCGGUCAACUGUGUCUUCCUCGGAUGAAGCCGAGCUGGAAGAAGAGGACGUGGAAGUCCUUGGGUCGGAGGAUGAUGACCCUGUUGCUGAGGAGGAGAACCCCAACCUUGGGUCAGAGAUUGCUCCUGCUGCUAAUGUUGAGAGCUCUGAUCCAAGGGAUACUGAGCUUCCUGCAGAUGUCACUGCAAAUAGGGAUAAUGUGGGCGAGGGAGUUUUAACUGAUGUAAGUCCUUUAAGGAGUAUCUAUCCUCCUACUUCGCCUGAGAGGUGAAUUGUAAUGUUUUGUUAAUUUUUCAUAUGCCUUGUAAUGUAUUUUUAUAAGUGCUGUAUUGACUUUUAGCUUUUAGCUAACAGUGUGAUCAAGUUCAUUGGUAAACUGACUUGGGCUUUGGAUGUAGCUUUUUUCUUCUUUAUUUAUGCCUUAGACGAGUUUAGUCUCGAUAUGAAGAGAAUAUUGGUUUUUUCGUUGGCCUUCAUGCCUUUGGGUUUUAAGGAUAUAUGUUUAUCCGAGCUGGAAGCCCGUCCUUCUGCCUCGGCUAAACCUUUAAUCAUUAGCAUGCAUU